UCCCUUCUGGGGCUGAUAGAUGGUCUACAUUGUUCUUCCAGGAAGUAUCUUCAGAGCCAUCUUUAGUUUAAGAAUAUAGCCUGGAAAAUAAAAACACAUUUAAGUAACCUUCAGUGUUGGUCUGUGUUCAUGUCUUUAUUCCAGUGUUAGGUUUAUGCCUUAUAACUAUCUAAAGAUAAGAUCUGGAAGGGAUGAGGGUUACAUUUUAUACAUCCUGCCUCCCACACUUCCUAGCUGGAGAAUAGAAUUGCCUAAUUUUAAGAGACUGCAAAUGGUUUCAGGAGAAAAAUCUGAUACUCUUUAUUCAUUUCUUUUUUUUAGUAAUGGCUACACCAAACUUGUGGCCCUCGAACUCAGAACCCCAAGAACAAGAGAAAUCCUGAAGGAACUGGAUGAGUACUAUGAGAAAUUCAAACGCGAGACAGACGGCGUCCAGAAAAGGAGAGUGUUGCAUUGCAUUCAGCGAGCCCUGAUUCGGAGCCAGGAGCUGGGCGACGAGAAGAUCCAGAUCGUGAGUCAGAUGGUGGAGCUGGUGGAGAACCGGACCAGGCAGGUGGACAGUCACGUGGAGCUCUUUGAGGCCCAUCAGGAGGUCAAUGACACCACUGGCCACAGCGGCAAAGCCGGCCAGGAUAAGUCCAAGAGUGAGACAAUCACGCAGGCGGAGAAGACCAAUAAUAAGCGGUCUCGGCGACAGCGCAACAACGAGAACCGAGAGAACGCGGCCAAUAAUCACGACCACGAUGACAUCACCUCCGGAACGCCUAAGGAGAAGAAAGCAAAAGCCUCCAAGAAGAAGAAACGCUCCAAGGCCAAAGCCGAGCGGGAAGCGUCCCCUGCGGACCUUCCCAUUGACCCGAACGAGCCGACGUACUGUCUGUGCAAUCAGGUCUCCUAUGGAGAGAUGAUCGGCUGUGACAAUGACGAGUGCCCCAUCGAAUGGUUCCAUUUCUCCUGCGUGGGGCUGAAUCACAAACCCAAGGGCAAGUGGUACUGUCCCAAGUGUCGAGGGGAGAACGAGAAGACCAUGGACAAGGCCCUGGAGAAAUCCAAAAAGGAGCGGGCGUACAACAGGUAGUAGGCGGAGCCCGCGCGGCGGUGAGGACAGCGGGCCGGCCAGUGUAUUUAUUACGUCACCACCUGUGCUGAGGCGCAAGGACCGUACAUUGUAUAUUUUUCAAGAAUGUUAGAAAAGGAGCCAUUCCUUUUGCAGGGAUGGCAGUGGUUCUCUGCCUUUUGUUUUCAUUGGUACACACGUGUAACAAGAAAGUGGUCUGUGGAUCAGCAUUUUAGAAACUACAAAUAUAGGUUUGAAUUAAACACUCAA